AUGGGCCAGUCCUGUUUUUCCACAAGUAGUGUCAGUGGAAAAAAUACCUCUGAUAAAUCUCAUUCAGAGACAUUCUCCAAAAACAAAGCCAAAUCAGCUUUAAAGUCCUUGAAAUUUUCUGAAAUUACCAAUCUGUCAACGACAACACGAAAAUCUACAGGAUCAGAUUCACCUAUUAGAACGCAGAUAAAUAAAGUACCGGAACAAUACUUGCCUGAACGUGGUGGUUGUGACCCUAAUGAUAAUCACUGUAUUUCAGAUACCUCGCAAGUAUCUCAGUUUCUUAUUCAUAGAGAAUUUAUGUCCUUUCCAGGUUUAUUCCAAGAUAGUACAGCAGCAUUAUCCUUGAAAUCAUGUGAGAAGGCAAAUAUGCCUCAUCAUUUGAUUGUGGGUGGUGAGGAUGGGAGUCUAGUUCUUAUAGACUAUGAAUCAGGAGAUAUUACCCGUGAAUUCUCCCAAGCUCACCAACGUGAUGUAAAUUCCUUGACAAAUCCUAUUAGCAGUGGUCUAUUUGCUUCAUCGAGUCGUGAUAAAAUGGUGAAGGUUUGGAAUUUAAAAAAUGAGCAUCCUUUGUGUGAACUUGAAGGACAUACCGUAAGUGUAACGAGUGUCACUAUGAACUUGGAUGGUACAUUUCUUGUUUCAGGGAGUCGUGAUAAUACAGUUCGCCUGUGGGAUAUAGAAAGAGCUGAGGAACUAGAAUGCUGCGAUAUGAAACAAAAUAUUGUGCAUUUUGUCCAAUGGGUGCCACAACUUCACUGUGUAGCACAGGGAGGUGAAGAUUUAACACUACGAUUAUGGGAUGUGCGUAUGAGUUCUACUGGGAAAAAAGCACUGGGCCUUAGUCUUGGUUCUACCCUAACUUCUAUGGAUUACCAUCCCACAUGCUGUGAACUGCCAGAGAAUAAUAUGGAGUACAUGUUGUUAACAGGACAUAACGGGUUUAAUGGACAUGGGGCCUAUAUAGCGGAGUGGGACUUGCGUAUGCCAAAACGAUUACGAACAUUUUAUGCCCAUAAGGGUACUGUUCGAAGUAUACGAAAUUGUAUUUCUUCAGAUUCCUUAUCAAGUCAACGUUUUGUAAGCGCGGGUGAUGAUGGAGCUAUGGCCUUUUUUUCAACAGAAGUCACUGAAGAUAAAACGGAGGUGAUUAUUGAUCCUAAGAAUAUCCAUAAACUUACUGAGGCUCGUGUUACAUCUCUUGAUGCGUGUACUAAUGGUGAUAUAUUUGCCUCUACGUGGGAUGGUGCAGUAGUGGUAUUUCGUCCCACACCUCAGAAAUCAGACAUAGUGGUUCCUGUGCAGCGAUACCGGUUCUUCGGAACUCAGGGAAAACCCCCCAAAAUGACAGAAUGA